AUGGGCGGGACAUACCUGGUACUUCUUCUCAUGGCGUCAUUUUGCUUAUGGACGUCUGCAGAUGUGACAUUGACCCAGACAAGGUUCAAGGCCGCAGUGUAUGGACAUCGCGUCAUCCCGCCACCCCCUGGGAUUGUGUCCCGAGCCGACGCUGUACGGUAUAUGAGGAGGAACUUGCAUGUUUUUGCAACUCAGGCAGCGGAAGCCAAGGCACAGGGAGCAGACAUUCUGGUAUUUCCAGAAGACGGCAUAUAUGGUACACAGUUCACGCGAGAAUCAGUCUACAACUUUCUAGAGCAGAUCCCCAAACCAUUGGCUUCAGCUUGGUCUCCAUGUGGGGAUCCAAGUCUUCAUCAGAACACAGAAGUUCUCCAUGAUCUCAGCUGCAUCGCCAGAAACAACUCCCUUUAUCUGGUGGCUAACAUGGGCGACAAGCAGCCAUGCAACGUCAGAACAGAUCCAAAAUGUCCCAAAGAUGGACGAUAUCAAUACAACACAAACGUCGCAUUCGAUCCUAACGGCACGCUGGUUGCAAGGUAUCACAAAUACCAUUUAUUCUUCGAGGAGCAGUUCGAUACGCCCAAUGCUGAAGUCGUUUACUUUGAUACGCCAUUUGGAAGAUUUGGAUUAAUGGUCUGUUUCGAUGUGCUUUUUUCCGAACCUGGCUUGUCCAUAGUAUUAAAACACCAUAUCGCCAACAUAGUUUUUCCAACAGCUUGGAUGGAUGCCCUUCCUCUUCUUUCUGCUGUGGGAUUUCAUUCUUCGUUUGCCAGAGCUUUGGGUGUUAAUUUCUUGGCCGCGAAUUUUCACGCCCCAGAGCGUCGCAUGCACGGAAGUGGAGUGUAUAGUCCAGAUGGCAUGAAAACUUUCUACUAUGGUUCUUCAGCUGAAAGUCCUCCCGAACUUCUUGUAGCAGAGCUAGACACUCUUUCGGAACCAAAACCCAAUAUUAAUAUCUCAGCAUACGAUAGUUAUCAAAAACUAUUGGAACCAAAUUGUCUUGGGUUUAAGAACGAUGAUGUGGUCAAGCUUUCUUCUGAAGAAUUUAUUUCGGAACUUUUCCACGAUAUGUUUACUUUCAGACAACUACAAGGAGGCAGUGGUAGGUUGAGAGUUUGUCAAAACAGCAUAUGUUGUAAUCUCAACUUCUCUUUAGAUGGGGACCGUCCUGGUAGUGACCUUUUCGCAUUUGGCGCCUUCGACGGACUUCACACAUACGAAGGCCAGUACUACUUCCAGAUUUGUGCCCUGGUUAAAUGCGCUGACGUUACUGACAGAAAGACCUGUGGAACUGUAACUGAUACAUCUACCACUAAGUUUGUCAACAUCAGUAUCACAGCAGAGAUGUCCACUCCUUUCAUAUACCCCCAACUUGUCUUAUCUGACGGCAAAGGAGAGCUUUUGUUAGCCAACUCAACCACCUGGGGGUUCAAAGACGCCACGUUGUGGACAAACAAUCAGCCAGAGGGAGCCAUCCUUUCCGCUGCACUGUUUGGUAGAUAUUAUCAAAGGGACAACUGCCCAAGUGAGGGUCCGAAUAUCUUUAUUUCCUACCUGCAGACCGUUUUUUCUCUUAUAAGUGCAGCCGUUGCAGCAUACAUCUUCCCGAUAUUUUGA